AUUAGGAAAAAGGGAUUUCCCAGAAGAAAGACAGGAGAGAGAAAUUUGGAAAAUACUGAUCAUCGGCUGAAUCACCGGAGCAUGGGCGCGAAACAGUCUAUCAGUGACAAGCCAGAUAUUGUGUACAAGAAAGUCGAUCUUCCAGAGGACUCUAAACACAAACUUGCGUUUGUUUUGGAAAAUGUCCUGUCACCAGAGGAAUGUCAGUGGUUCAUCGAGAAGACCGAGCAGAAAGGGUAUAAAAGAGCUCUGGUCACUCUUGGCGAUCGGCAGGAAUCGAAACCGGAAUUGAGAAACAGUUCCCGAUAUAUGUGGGAGUCGACGAAGGAGUCGGAGAAACUAUGGAACAGGGUGAAGACAUAUAUCCCCGAGGUGUUUAACGGGAGGAAGGCUUUGGGUCUGAAUGAAAGACUUCGCUUCCUCCGCUACGAACCUGGAGAAUAUUUCAGGAUUCACAAGGAUGGGAUCUACACCAAGAAAAACAUGGAGCGAAGCUACAUCACUGUACAGCUGUAUCUGAAUGAGGGCUUUCAGGGAGGAUGCACAACUUUCUUUUCCAGUGAUGCUGUUCAGAAGGUGCCAAUUGUACCCAGGCAAGGGUCAGCGCUGAUAUUCCAACACGACAUUCUCCACGAGGGGUCGGAGGUGAUGGAGGGACGGAAGUACGCGGUCAGGACAGACGUCAUGUACUCGGCUGAGCGAGUAGCAGAUGCACCUGAUGAACUCUCCGAGGAUGAAGUAAACUCCUCGACAUGAUGAAACAAGGAGUUGCUGCAGAGCAUCACUUGUUCCCUGCAAUAUAAUGUUAUGUGCAGAGGAAGGAAGUGUAAGCUAUGGGAGGAGAGAAUUGGUGAAAAGUACAAAUUUGUUGUUAUUAACGUAGUUAUCUUUGGAAAGCACAAUAAAAGAAACACUGUUAAUAAACUUCAGUUCAAAUGUAAAAAUUCACGCAAUUAUUAAGCAAGCAAGUUAAGAACACACAGUUUGGUCAAGUCAUCUAUAAAUAUUGAGAAUUAUCUUACAUAUUGUAAAAAUAAAGGUCAUAGGUCACUUUUCUCAAAACUUCGUUUAAGUCAUCACAAACUAAAUGUUGAAAAUUUGGUAGAUAUACAAAACCACCAACCCCAUUGGAACAGCGUCUCUGUGAAACAUGUGAUGUCUUAGAAGAUGAGCAACAUCACGCACUGUCUUGUAUAAAAUACAACCAAGAAAGAGGAUCACAAAUAAUCCUCAAUCAUGAUAAAGAACACUUCUUAAUAAUUUUAUCAACAGCUAUCCAGAAACAACUUCAAAGAUCUGUUAUCAUAUCAACAAUUACAAACAAAUUCCUUGUAUGUACAACAUUACAAUAGUUUUGCUCACUUCUCAUAUUGUUUCCAUAUCAUUGUGAUACACUUAUUUUCAUAAAAAUUGUUAUAAUGUACCUCCUUUGUAUGUUGAAGGUACCUUUGUUUUUUAAUUGUCGUUUAUUGUGCAUGUAUUUUGUAGUUUGUGAUAUAUUGUGUAAUAUUGCCACUGUUUCUUCAUGGAAUGUUCCGCAAUACAUAUCUCAUCUAAAACA